AUGUCUCCAUCGGCUACAACCUCCCAUCGAAUGCGCCGCUGCUAUCAAAUAUCAAUCUUCGGAUUACAGGACGAGAAUCGGCACUACAUGGAACUUUCCACAGCCUGGCUUCCCUAUACAGGCUCAAUCAAAAUAGACGGGGUGGAGGCAUGCAAAAUUCCGCGUGCUCAAUUAAAUGCCGCCUUUACAGUCGUGCCACAAGACCCGGUUCUCUUUCGGAACGCAACGGUCAGAAAGAAUCUAAUGUCAGAUAAGAUUAUGCAACUGACAGACCAAAACGGAAACGAGCAAAUUUUAGAACACGUCUUAUCUGGCGUUGGUUUGCUGAACGUCGUAAAGAAUAGCGGGGGACUAUACGCCAAAUUUUCGACCCUCAACCUCUCUUAUGAACAGCUUCAGCGCUUUUCACUUGCCCAGGGCCUUUUAAAGUACUAUUUUAAGCGCACCAAGAUGGCACUAGUGGAUAGUGUUACUGACAACGCGAGUGGCGAAGGAUUAGCUCACAUGAGGAUGAUUAUGAAAGAGAUCUUCGAACUUGGGCAAUGCAGUGUCAUCAGUACUGUUAACCAUCGUUCAGCAGUUCCGGAUGUACCUUGGUUGGCCCGAAUAGUUCGCCGGGCACCUAAUGGCAUGACUCAAGCAAACUGAGUUGUCAUGCCCUCAGAGGCCUUCAUGUAGAUUAGACAGGCCCUUUUCAUUAACCAUUUCGAGAUGGCAUGUUUUCAGCACAGUUAUUUCUUACAAAUAUUAGCUACUUUGAUUAACUAUUUUGCAUCUCCUCCUAGAACUUUAAUUCAUUUCCCAGAUUAGGCGAUGAUGAACGCUGGACAAAGCCCUGCAAGCAUCGCGUUUAUGCAGUGUCCACCAGAAAUCUCUUCUCACCUUCGCUUUCUUCAUAUAUUUUCAGUCGGGCAUUUGUUCUUCCACUACGCCCAUUUAAGUACCGCUUUGAGGGCACGUCCUUCUUUGGUAUCUUUGAUGGCCUUGUCAAAGUCCUUUACAUCGUACGUCGUCACAAGUUCUUCGAUCGGGUAGUUGCCCUUGGCGUGUUGGUCUAUGAGGAAGGCAAUCAACUGUUUGCGUUAAAAUAAUGCGCACAACGGCAUAUUUCCGCUAAACUUACGUCCUUUGGUACGGCAUCUCCUUCGCAACAGCCGACAUAUUCUUUGCCACUGACAAGGUGGGAAAAUACGUCGAUACCGGAACGUUGCCCAGGCUACAUAUCGUUAGAAAGUGUACAGCCGUGAGUAUCUGUCAGUCUUACAGUUGGAGCACCAACGGAGGCGGCUUUGCCGCGGGUACCAAGGCAGUCUACCAUGGUUUCUACAACCUUGGGAACGCCGGAGCAGUCCACGGCGUAGUUGACACCAUUGGGUGGUGAAACCUUCUGGAUUUUGGCGAUAAUGUCAGGGUCGUUUCCAAGAAUGGUCUGAGUAGCACCAAGCUUUGCAGCCAAGUCCAAUCUGGAUUGCUGGAUAUCGACCGCAAUAAUCUCCUUUGCUCCUCGAAUCUUGGCAGCCAUGAUUGCACUCAUGCCGACGGAACCAGCGCCGAAUACAGCCACAGUCUUACCUGGCUGAACAUUGAGAGUGUUGAGAACGGCACCAGCACCAGUCUGGAGACCGCAGCCCAGUGGCGCAAGUAAUUCAAGGUUGGUGUCUGGGGCCACUUUGACAAUGCUGCUCUUGUGGACGGCAGUCAAGCGCGCAAAAGAACUCUGCCCAAAGAAGCCGCUGUACAUGGGAGUUGUCGCAUCCUUGCUGGAGAUGCAAGCCGAUCCGUCAGCGCGCCUACCACCAAAAUUAAGCGGCACAAAUGAGUAGCAGUAGGCGGGAUGGCCGUCGUCGCAUUGCUCGCAGCAGCCACAGGAGGCGAAUGAAAGAAGAACAUUGUCGCCAGGGCUGAGGUCAGUGACGUUUGAGCCGACCUGUUUGACAACACCAGCGCCUAUUGUGAGGAAUAAAAACGGUUACUACACAUCACUAAUAAAUUGUUACAAUACUUGCGACUUGCCUUCAUGGCCAAAGACGGCGGGGAAAGCAGCGGGUAAGACACCCUCUGCGCAGGAGAGAGAAAAUGGGCCCUUAACCUCAUCAAUGACAAGGGCGGUGGUAGUGGUGGCCAUGUUUGUUGGUGUAAGUGGACUGUGAGUGUGGGGAAGUAUGUUCGAUAGAUCUCGAUUGUAUCACUGGGAUGCGCAGGUGUGUAAAGAUACAUACAUCAAGGUGCACAUGAAUUGGAAUAUAAAUACAGGCGAGACUCCUCAAAAAGGGCAAGGUCCUACAUAUAGCUUUGUCCUUACCCCUCGCUCGUUAGCUCGACCUGCAGCACAUCGACGUCAGUCCUCCUUUGCCGCCUUCAGAAACCGGAGCCAGCGCCGCCACAUGGUGGUCUGUAUGCGGGGAAGUACUGCUUUUGCGUUUGAUUGUAGUGGCACUAAUGCGACAGCAUGUGGCAGAUGAGACGGCUGUUUAGUUCGGCACGCUAGUUUGAGGAGCGAAACUUGGUUCGGGUCGUGGAGACGGCAGAACAACAUGCGGGGGAAGACCGGAGAUGGUGGGUGGGCAGCAUCGAAAGCUUGGAGUAAGGUGUGUAGGCUAUACAGAGCUACGGCUAUCUGGGUUGGAGCGAUGACGACUGAUGCCCAUUUAGAGUUAUACCAUGGACGAUGAGCUGUGGAUGUAUGCUUAAGUGGCUGGCAUAAUAUGAUAAAAGUAUUGUAAGGUAAAUAUAUACCACAAAUUGGAGCAUAUUAAUAUAUUUAUAAU